AAUUAGUCAGAAUGUGUCCUUCAGUCGUAAAACUUGCAUUCAAAGAAUGGCAACGACAAGUUACUAAUAUUUUGUCAUUAAGUGGAAAUAUUGAAACGUCUUCAGAGUCAAAAACCCUACAAUUUUUACGUAUUUGUAAUGAUUUGAUUGUGACACAAUUGAUCAAUAUUUCGGAUAUAGUCGAUGCUAUUACCAUUAAACAAGAACCUGAUUCAGAUGAGCAAUUACCUGAUUUAGAUGAGCAAGUACCUGAUUCAGAUGAGCAAGCACCUGAUUCAGAUGAGCAAGUACCUGAUUCAGAUGAACAAGAACCUCCAAAUCAGCAAGAACCUGAUCCAGAUAUAGUUGAUGAAGCUAACAUUCAACAAGAACUUAAUUUAAAUAACCUGGAAAAUAUCCUUUCUCAAGAAUUUGUUGAUCGCAUAUUGGAACUUUUUGAAAAUAUUCCGUCUACAGAGCGAAUCAUGACGUCACUUUGUUCGUUCUUUCGACGUUCUGUUUUAUCACGCGUUUUACUUUCAGAAGAAGACUUUCAGCCAGGAAUUUUUAUUCAGCUAAUUCAAAACGCGAAAGCCACUUUAAAUC